CUCCAAUUCCAUCCACCUCGGGGAUGAAGUUUGUAGAGUCUUCUGUGCGAGAACGCAUGAGAGAGAAGCUGAAAGCUGCGCGGAUUGGUGAUCAUCAGUUGAGUGCAGUACAAAGAAAAGAAGGCAAGGUGUCUGCAAGAGUGAAGUUUCGUGAUCUUGUCAGAAGAGGCAAACAAAAACCACAGAUUCAGAUGGGUUAUCCUUCUUCUGAAGAAGCCUAUAAUUUCUUUACUUUCAAUUUUGGUCCUGAGGAAGAGAAUGUAGGGGAUGAUGAUCAAAACAAUAAAAAGGGUGCAUCAGAUCUAGAUGACAAAGGGAGGGAGAACCAGAAAUCUGCUCUCAGCAAUCAGGAAGAACAAGAAGAGAAUGAAAUGGAUGAAGAGGAACACCUUUUCCAUGAUAAAGAGGAUGAUGGCAUAUUUCUUAUAGAACAGACAUGCCAAGAUUUCUUAGAAGUUAGAUCUGCAGAAUAUGAAAGCUAUUCUGGACGGGUGCAGAAAGAGAAAGAUGUUUUGUUUGUUCCCAGUAUGCUAAGAGUGUCCCCCUCUCUGAAGGUGCCUGAAAAUAUGCAGCCACGGUAUCUUGAGGAGGAAGGUCUCUACACAGGAGAACGUCCUGUUGUGUCAUUGUCCAACCAAAACAUUGUAGAGAAUAGGAUACUCAAGCAGGAACAGGUGAAAAAGUGGUUUGGAGAUGAUGGUCAAAUUUUGGCAUUGCCCAAUCCAAUUAAACAGUCCCUUACUAGACCUCCAUUAUUUCUCACAAAGGGUGACCAAGAGACGGACCUUAUGACCUUUUAUAAAAAGGCCAUAAAAAUGAGACUUGCCAACCAGUACAUAGUUGGAAAUGAUGACCCACAAGGUUGCUUUCAGUUGGAUGUUGAUAUUUCAGGAUUAAUAUUCACGCAUCAUCCUUGCUUUAGCCGUGAACAUGUCCUAGCAGCAAAACUGGCUCAGUUGUUUGAUCAGUACCUGUCCAGAAAGCAGAGAAAUCUUACUAAACUCCUUACAGAUAAGGUAAUUUCACUACUUUUCUUCAUUUUAGAAAUAUAUCAAUAA